UUCCUCUCUCUCUCACUUCUCAGAGUCCUUCUCUCUCAGACUCUGCUGCAGCAGCUCUGCUCUGCUCUCUCUUCCUCUUUUGCUGCACAAAACCAAAGCAAGAAAAAGAGAGAGAGAACCCAAAACGGUGCGUUGAAGCCUAGUCCCAAACCCUAGUUUCUCCUUUCUUCUCCUUCCUUUUCAAAGCUCUCUUCUUUUUCAUGGAGAACCUCUCGCAUUCUCGCCAUCCCAACCGCUCCGCUUCCAAAGUGAUCAGCAAUGGCGGCUUCCUCGCCAAGACCCUAUACGACGACGUUUACGGCGGCCCGCCCAAGUUCGGUGGCCUCUCCUCCUCAUCCUCCUCCCUCUCCCCUCGCCUCGAGGACUACGGCGAGAUUUUCGGCGCCUUCCACGCCUCACGCGCCUCCUCGAUUCCCGUGCUCGAGGUCCCCGCCGCCGACGACGACGACAAUGAGGAGUUCUUCGAUGUGCGCAGCUCCGGCUUCGACUACUCCGAGGUCUUCGGAGGCUUCGACGGCCUGGAUUUCGCCGUCGCCUACGACGACCUGGUCAAGCAACCCUACGGCGGAGACGGUGGUUCCUCCGACGAAGCUUGGACUCCAGCAGAAUCUGGGUCUCUCUCAGGAGAGUCGAAUCAUUCUGUGAAGAACCAAAGCUUUACAGAUGGAGAUCCUUACUAUUCAUUUGAUGGCCGCUCUGAGUUUGGCAUAUCAUAUAACAAAGUUCAUCAAAAAAGCAAUAAAGAAUCUUUGAAUGGGAGGGCUCAUGCAAAUCCGGUAACUGCUGCUCCUGGAUACAGAUAUAUGCCAGAUGAAAUUACUCCCGUGCAACAUACAAAUUUCGACAAUCAAAGCUUGCCGGUGACUGAUGAUAGAAAGUUCAAUAUGUACUCUAAUGUGGAAAUGGUAAAUGAAAAGCAUCUCAGAAAGACUGUGUCACAUCCCCCUAAUGGUAGUUCAGCCGGACAGGCUUAUGGAGACAGCCAUAGACCUGAAAAAGGAUAUGGUACAAAUGGUUCUCGUCAUAAAGAGCCAUUUAUAACUAUAUCGGAUAUAAAUCUUAGAACUCAGCCCUCUCAUUUGCCACCACCCUGUCGGCCGCCACCCAUAGUUGAUGACAACAGUGGAGAUUCUGGUAGAUUGUCUUCCAAUUCUAACACUGUUUCUUCUGAUGAGAGAACUGGUGAUAGUUCACCCCCUUUCUUUGAUGUAGAGGUAGAUGCAAGUUCAUCUGCUGCAGUCUCUGCAGCAGCUAUGAAAGAAGCAAUGGAGAAAGCUAGAGUACAAUUGAGAAGUGCAAAGGAGUUAAUGCAGAGGAAGAAAGAGGGUUACCGUAGUCGUUCAAAAUCCCGGUCAAAGAAAGAAAUAAAAGAGGAGGAAGUAAAGGUGGGUAAAGUUGCUGAUGGUUCCAGCUGUAAGAAAGAUGAUAGAGUCCGGGGAACUUCUGAAAGAGAAGACAGUAGAUUGAAAUUUGCUGUUAGUGAGGAAACGCAAAAGGUUUUGAAGAAAGUCAGAGAAGAUCCAGAAUCUUUAGGAGAUGAAAAAUCUUCCGAGGCAGCUGAAAAUCAUGUACAGGAGAAGCAUGGGAAGGGAUCCUGGUCAUCUCAGGGGUCUUUCAAAAUUAAUGAAGCUAGUGAAUGGCAAGAAGCAACGCAGUAUUUUGAAUUGGUGGCAUUAGAUGACACCAAGAAGGCUUUUGAGCAAGCAAACAAAGAUCAGAUUUUGGUUCAGAGCACAAAAGGGCAUGAACAGAGACAGAAAGACAAAGCAACCUUGGAAGUAUUAGAGCAGCAAGAAACUGAUAAAAAACUCAGAGCUGUUGUUGAAGUUCAUGAUCCAGAAGAUCUGGAGAAGAAACAUCGUGGAUUGGAGGAAUGCAAUGCAAGAUCAAAAGAUGCUAAAGAGUCACGGAGGCGGAAAGAGCAUGAAAAAAAGGUAAAAGUGACUCAAGAAACUUUUGAGAAGGGAGAGAAUGAGAUGAGUUCUAGAGUGGGCAAGCUGCCUGCAGAGUCUGAGAAGCAAAGAGGCAGAUCUGUGAAAUCAGACAAACAUGAAAAUAUGGCAGAGGUUGAAGGUAAAGAAAGUAAGUUCAAUGUUGAAAAUGCUAUGCAGCAGAAGGACAAUGAAGCGAAGUUGCAAGAAAAUGAUAAAUCAAUUAGAAUUGAGGAAAGACAUAAGGAAUCUCGUGGAGUGGAAGGCAUUGAAAACAGACAAGAGACGUUGGAGCAGGAAGAGAAUGAAAGAAGGCUCAUAGAGGCAUUUAAACAAGCCGAAAAUGAGAAGAGACUGAAGGAGGUUCUUGAGAAGGAAGAAAACGAGAAAAGGUUAAAGGAGGCUCUUGAGCAGGCAGAAAAUGAGAAGAGGUUGAAAAAGACUCUAGAGUUGCAAGAGAAUGAGAAGAAAUUAAAGGAGACUCUUGAACGAGAAAACAAAAGGAGACGGAAAGAGGCUGCUCAAAGAGAAGAAAAUGAGAAGAGACUGAAGGAGGCUCUUGAGAAGGAAAAAAAUGAGAAGAGGUUAAAGGAGGAAAAUGAGAAGAGGCUGAAAAAGGCUCUAGAGUUGCAAGAGAAUGAGAAGAAAUUAAAGGAGGCUCUCGAACGAGAAAACAAAAAGAGACAGAAAGAGGCUGCUCAAAGAGAAGAAAAUGAGAAGCGGCUAAAAGAAGCUCUUGAGUUGGAAGAAUAUCAGAAGAGACAAAAGGAUGCCCGUGAAAGAGAGGAAAAUGAGCGGAGACUUAAAAUGGCUCAUUCUCGUGAGCAGCAGUAUGCCAUAAAAAUAUUGAAGGAGUCUCAGGAAAAAGCAUUUAAGCAGGCAGAAAUUCAACAAAAGUUAGAUGAGGCUAGUGUGUCGGAAGAGACCGAAAAGAAUAUUAAAGUUGCUGAUGACAGGGAAGACGUGGAAGUCCUAAACAAAACACAAAAGGGAACAGAGAGGAAUGAAAAUGUUCAGGAACUCAGGUCAGUUAAAAAAACACAUUUGCACAUGGAAGUAGAGGAUCACAAGGUAUCUGAUGAGACAUGCAACCAGGAUUGCAAUGAGAACUCUCAACCAACUCAAAUAGCAAGAAACCAUGAUGAGAACAGUGAAACAAUGAAGGAAUCUCAAGAGGUGCAUGCUCAUGAAGAAAAUGGAGAGAAAAAGACCGACAACAAAAAUAGUGAUACACAAUCAGGUCCAGAAGUUGUUGAACCAGUAAAUGUGGCACUUGAUUUAGAAUACAAGGCAUCUGCCAAGUCCCAAGAGGAGUUAGAAGAUGGAGAGAAGUGGUUCAGAAGGAAAGAUGCUAAUGAAUGUCUUCCUUUAGAUUCCAGUGUGAAGAAAGCAAGGGAAGAAAUUAGAGCUGAACCUAAAGUUAGGAAAAGAGAACUGGGGGGAGUUGAAACAAAAAAUGGGCCGGUUGAUGAGAAGUUCAAAGCAUCUGGCUUAUCUGGCUUGGCCCAAGGAGGCACAGAAUCUGGAAAAGGCCAAUUCAGAAUGGAUGAUGCCUAUGAGUCAAUUCCUUUUGUCAACUUUGUGAAGAAGGCAGUAGAAGCUAGCUCUGGCUUUGAAAAACCACAACCAAUCAAUAGUACCUCUCAAAAGGACUCUGAUCAUGAAACUCAAAAGAUGGAAUGUGCUCAGGAAUGGAAAGAGAGAGAAAAGGACUCAAAGCAAGUCCAUGCUUCCUCAAAUCAGGAAGAAAACUUGGCAGCUGAACCUGUGAAAGAGUUUGUUGACAAUAGAAGGAAAACAGAAGCAGCUCAUCCAGCUAUGGCAGAAAUAAACAACCGGAAAUCAUCUCAGCAGGUCAAUGCAAGCCAGGCACCUGAGUGGAAAGUCAAGAAUCUUAAAGAAAAUCCAUUAAAUGGGGAAAAAGAAAAAGAAAGGUUGAAAAGAGAAAGAGAGCUUGAAAAUGAUCGCCUUAGGAAGAUUGAGGAAGAAAGAGAAAGGGAGAGGGAAAGAGAAAAGGACAGGAUGGCUGUUGACAGGGCAACACUUGAAGCUCGCGACUGGGCAUAUGUGGAAGCUCGUGAGAGAGCAGAAAGGGUUGCUUUGGAGAGAGCAACAGCUGACGCUCGACAAAGAGCAAUGGCAGAGGCUCGUGAAAGAUUAGAGAAAGCAUGUGCAGAGGCCAGGGAGAAGUCAUUAGCUGGGAAGGCAGCUAUGGAGGCCAGGCUCAAGGCGGAGCGUGCUGCAGUGGAGAGGGCAACUGCAGAGGCUCGAGAGCGUGCUGCAGAAAAACUAAUGGCUGAAAGGGCUUCUUUUGAGACAAGAGAACGAGUACAAAGAUCUGUUUCUGAUAAAUUUAGUGCAUCUUCCAGAAAUAAUGGAUUGAGACAUUGCUCUUCAUCCUCGGAUCUACAGGACCCACAGAAAUCAAGACACCCUUAUUCUACAGCUUAUGGUGAGAGAUAUGAAGGAGUUGAAGGUGAAUCGGCUCAAAGGUGUAAAGCUAGACUAGAGAGACAUGCUAGAACAGCUGAGCGAGCGGCAAAAGCUCUUGCGGAGAAGAAUAUGCGUGAUCUUCUUGCACAAAGAGAGCAAGCAGAGAGAAAUAGAUUAGCCGAGACUCUGGAUGCGGAUGUCAAGAGGUGGUCAAGCGGAAAAGAGGGGAACUUGCGUGCAUUACUUUCGACUUUGCAAUAUAUCCUUGGGCCUGAUAGUGGUUGGCUCCCUAUUCCCUUGACAGAAGUGAUAACUGCUGCUGCUGUAAAGAGAGCUUACAGGAAAGCCACUCUUUGUGUUCAUCCUGACAAAUUACAACAACGUGGUGCCAGUAUUCACCAGAAGUACAUAUGUGAAAAAGUUUUCGAUCUUCUAAAGGAAGCUUGGAACAAAUUCAACUCAGAAGAACGGUAACGCAGGCUUUAAUGUAGGAUGAGAUGCUGCAAAGUAUGUCUAGUAAUUAUAUAUAUAUAUAUAUAUCCAUGUAGGUGUAGUUUCUAAUUUUCUAUUGCAAGGGCUUUAGCUCAAAAAUUAGUUCUGGCGGCCUAUAUUAUUGAAUGACAUAUGAGUGCUAUUUGUUCAAGCUUGGAAGCCCUGCCUGUUACUCUAAAGUAAAUGCUGAAGGGUAAUACUGAAUAUCCUCGUCUCAAUUCAUAAAACUCAUUAAAACAUGACCAACUCGUCAUA